CCGCGACGCCACCACCCUACCCACCCAACAUCCGCAGCGCCACCCUGCAUCGCCGCCCCCAUUCUUGAUAUAAUUCUCCUUCUUCCAUCUGCAUAAAUUAAGCUCUGCUGUCAUCCUCUUCAAUCAACCAUGAAGAUAAAACUACCUCUUUGAACUUCAAAUUUCAUCUUAUGGGAAAAAAAUGAACUUAUCACCUCGUAUUAUCUCCCAUUUAGCUUCCAAUUUACUCACAAAAACUUCCCAUUUCUUACUUCAAUUCCACCAAAAUCCAUAUUCAACCCAUUCACUCCAAACUCUUCAAGAUUCCACCAAUUCCAACAACCCCAUCAUCACUUCUAUAUGCAAUUCACUACGUAGAGGAGAAAAUUGGGAAGUCUUAACAAAAAAGUUUCAAUCUUUUCACUUCACUGACCCAAUUGUUCAAGAAGUGCUGUUACAGCUCAAAGAACCUCAUGAUGCCAAAAAUGCCCUCACUUUCUUCCAUUGGUCAGCAAAAAAUUGUAAUUCUCGACAUGGGGUUUUUAUAUUUUGCAUUACAAUUCAUAUUCUUGCUAAAUCUAAGCUUGUUAGACAUGCCAAUGCGUUAAUUGAAUCUGUUUUGAGGAAAGAAUCAGGGGUUGAUGAAAAUGUGUUUGGUGUUCUUGAUUGUUUAAUUGAAAGUUAUAAAUUAGCUGAUUCGUGUUCGUUUGUGUUUGAUUUGUUUGUGCAAUGUUGUGCUAAGUUGAGAAUGGUAGAUAAGGGUCUGGAUGUUUGUAAAUUGUUGGAUGGAAAUGGAUUUAUGCUUAGUGUAAUUAGUUAUAAUACUCUGCUACAUGUCGUGCAAAAGUCGGAAAAGACUUCGAUGGUUUGGGGUAUCUAUGAGUAUAUGAUUGAGAAAAGGAUAUACCCGAAUGAAAUGACAACUAGAAUUAUGAUUAGUGCUUUGUGCAAAGAAGGGAGGUUACAGAGAUUUUUGGAUGUUGUGGAGAAAAGUCAUGGAAAAAGAUGUCAACCUGGGGUUGUUGUGAAUACGUGUUUGAUAUAUGGGAUGAUUGAGGAGGGUAGAAUUGAAGACGGGUUGAGGUUGAUGAGGAGAAUGUUGCAAAAGAACAUGAUACUUGAUACAAUUUCUUGUUCGUUGAUCGUUCUUGCAAAGGUGAAGAUGAGAGAUCUGGAGUCUGCUUGGGGGGUUUAUGAUGAAAUGCUUAGACGGGGUUUUGAAGGGAAUGCACUGGUGUACAAUUCGUUCAUUGGGGCGUAUUGUGAGGAGAAGCGGAUAGAUGAAGCGAUUAAGUUGAUGGACGAAAUGGAUUGUUUGAAUAUGAAACCAUUUGGUGAAACAUUUAAUCACCUGAUUAAGGUUUGUUCAGAAGUGGGAAGAUUAGAAGAAAGCUUGAAAUUUUGUGAUAAAAUGACAGGAAAUGGGCUCCUUCCUAGUUGUUUAUCUUUUAACAAGCUUGUUACCAAGCUUUGUGAAAAUGGAAGUGCAAAGUUUGCUGAUAAGCUAUUGACUACUCUGAUGGAUAAGGGUUUCAUUCCAGAUCAAAGCAUCUAUAGUUACCUCAUUGCUGGUUAUGCCAACGUAGGUGACGUUGAGGGAGCACUUAAGCUUUAUUAUGAAAUGCAAUAUAGGUCGAUCUCUCCUAAUACUUCUAUUUUUGAUUAUUUAAUUAUUGCUUUGUGUCAAUGUGGGAGAUUGAAAGAAGCGGACGAAUUUCUCUCUUUAAUGAUUGGUCAAUCCUUGACACCAAGCACUCAUGUUUAUAAGAAAUUGAUCGCGAGACACUUGGAGAUGGGUGAUGAAACAAGGGCUAAUCAACUGUACAGACAAAGACGUACAGAGAUUGACGACAUACAAUAGAAUAUUUCUGAGCUUUCUACUUUAUUUGCAAUGCUAUCUAGCUGUAUCAGUAAGCGGAUUAAAGUUGUUUCGCACAACUUUCUUUGUGAUGGCAUUGGUGAAUGUUUGUUGGCAGCACUGGAUGGAUGAGAGUGAUGGUACAAGUGAUUCCGUACUAAAGCAUAAACCUAUCUGGGCUACUUAUAACCAGAAGUGGAAGAAGGAGAAGAAAAGAACAGUAGAAUAGAAGAAACAAGGUGAUCUGCACUGCACAUAUGGUACCAGAGUCAUUCCAGUGUUUGUUCUGUCUUUAGCUGAUAUGGAUGAACAUCUUAUGAUGGAAGACGAAAGUCUUGUUUGGACAAAUAAAGAUGUAGUUGUUGUACUCCAACAUCAGAAUGAUACGAUACCUUUGAGUUAUGUUUCAGAAAUUGAGAGAAGGCAUGCUAUUUCAAUGCUUGCCCAACAACAUAUAUUGACUGGGUUGGCUUCUGUUGUGGAUGGUUGAGUGCUCCAUAUGAAAAAGGCUUCUCAUGUGCAUGAAAGACCUGUUGUAAAUUGGCUCUGGGCAACAGGUUGCCACUCAUUUGGACCGUUCUCUAACACUUCACAAGUCAGUCACACGUGUUGAUUCAGCCCUUCACCGGAUCAGCGAGUCAUCAGAUACUUCAUUCGUACCAAACACACCCUAUAUAGUCUUGAUUUCUGCAUUUUCCUUAUCAUCACAGUCCACAAUCUUAGUUCUGGUAGUCCAUGAACUCUUUCAUCAAACUAUCUCCAGAGCCAGCAUUCUUUUGGGAAUCAAAAGCUCACCUCGACUUUUGCUUCGACCUUAGUCAGUUAGUUGUUAACUCUGAUAUGACUAGUUUGUCACCAAGUCUUUGGAUGUCUGACUUACAAUCCACAGAAUUAUUUCAAGCUAUGUGCUUGGACUCUUCAAAAGUAUCAAUAGGUGCGGGCUGGAUCCAACACGGAUGCAACAACUUUCCAUCUAUUUUUUUAGUGUUCUUAUUCUGCAGCUAUAUGGAGUUCCCCUUUUAAAAUGGCAUGGAAUCAGAAGACAGGCCACAGGGUGACAAGAUGAAGUGGAUUUGAUGGUAUCCUGGAGCUUGUCAAGCUCAUUAUUCUGGAGAUAUUCUAUACGGAGUCAGCGUUUGAAGUUUAUGUGUUCUACGCUUAUGUGUUUUUUUAAAAAUGAAUUCUUCCAAAUUUGAUGAUAAAAAGUUUAUUUACCAAAA